CAACUAUACUUUCCAAACGUGGCAAUUGCGGGGUAAAACCUGUCCCAACGGAAAUGAACGCUGGGAUUUAGCCCUCUUGAACUGAACGCCUCUCUCCGCAUUUUUAGCUUGAUAGUGGGGUGACAUCGCACGCUAAGACGUCAAUCGAACCAGGCUACUGAGAGCUAGCCUGGGUUAAAACAUACUAUGAGGUUGCAGUCACCGGGCCAAAGGAGAAUUCCGGAUUGAGUUUAUGGGUUGAUGCUGACGCCUUGAAACAGGAUGUCUGGGACGAUGAAGCGCAUGCAGCUUCCCCGCAUAGAUUGGCCAUGACAGACAAGGUGUAGUAGCUCCAAAGCAGCUUAAAUACUGGUGAACAACCCAUUUCUUGGCUAGAAGACAACCCUACAUUCCAUUUAUCGCAACCAUUACAACUUGAAAUCGAUUUAAUCUCAUUAUGUCUGGAGAAGCCUAUACCAACGGCAAUGGUGUCAAUGGCCUUGCGCCGCUCCAUAGCAUCUCUAGCGUCACCAUCUCAAACGAAAUGUUUGAGAAGCUCUAUCUCAACCCUGCCAACAAGGUCAAGGGAGAGCUAAGGCGAACUUUUGCCAAUCCGACUCCGCUUCCAUUGCUCGGCUUCCUCAUCGCCUCGACCCCUCUAGCUGCAGCUCUGAUGGGCUGGCGCGGUGCUGGAGGAGGAGGUGCCGCAACAAUUGGCACGUUUUACUUCUUUGGUGGCAUGCUUCAAAUCAUCGGCUCGAUCCUCGAAUGGAUUAUUGGCAAUACCUUCAUUUACAUUGUCUUUGGAUCCUUUGGCGCAUUCUGGCUUGCCUUUGCUGCCACCCUUACACCAAUGUACAAUGCGGAGGCGGCUUUCACUGCUGGUGCAACGACCGCUGCCGAGAAGGCCAAGGGUGUAGCGUCGUUCCAGUCGAGUCUUGCCUUCUUCCUGCUCUUUAUGGGACUUGUGGUUUUCAUGUAUCUCAUCUGCUCCCUCCGAACCAAUUUUGUUUUCUUUUGCAUCUUUCUGUUCCUCGACAUUGCACUGUUCGUGCUUGCAGGAGCAUACUGGAAAGCGGCCGAAGGCGACGUACAGGCGUUCCAUCGCCUUGAGAUCACAAGUGGUGCCUUCGUCUUCGUCUUUUGCGUCUUUGGCUGGUAUCUUCUCUUCGCACAGCUUCUAGAAACUGUCGACUUCCCUCUCGACCUUCCCGUCGGUGACCUCAGUGGUCGAAUUCUCACGAGCCGCGCCAAGAAGCCCGAUAUUGAGAGUAAGCAUCACACCGAGUAGAGAUGUCUGGUAUUUAGAUGGCAGAACUGGCGAGACACAAUAUUUUCUACGAUUAUUUCCGACGAAAGGAUGGUGGCUUUUGCCGAUUGGAGUUGAAUAGGGUGAGGCGUUUGGCUCUAAUUUCCACAAAUAGUAAGCAGUGCGAAAUAGCGUCCCGUAAUUAAAUUUACACUAUUAGCCGUUAGAUAUUCGGUGAGGCCUUAUAAGACCACAUCGUUGCCUCUCGAUGUACUUCUCUAUGGUAUAGGUUGUCAGGUAGUCAUGCUACCCCUUCUAGCCUUUGAAACCACAUUGCCUUAUUUAUGAGAACUCGUAUUCAACACACAUCUCUCAUGACUUGGUCAAGCCUGCG